AUGAUCUUCCCGCAAAUUCUCGAUGUGUUUGUGCCGUUAAACGAGUCACGUAAGAACGAGCAUCCGUUUCACGCCGAAUUCUUCAUAGACAACGAAAAAUAUUUUUAUCUUAUUCGACUUCAAAUGUACCUUAUAAUACUGUUGGUACUGGGAGCGGUCCUCGCUCACGCAACCAUGUUCGUCGUCUAUGCGCAGCACGCUAGCGGAAUGUUCAUCGUACUCGGGUUUGUGGAUAUUAUUCAGUCGUGCUACGAAUUGAAUAUCUUCGUUGAGUUUUUAAGUCUGAUAGCCCUGAUAGGCAUAACGAUGGUUCAAACAGUUAAGUUCUCCGGAUUGUCGGACGAACGGUCGCUUAGAUCCAUAGCUUUCGUCGGUGGACAGUCAAUUUAUCUGUUCAUAUGUAGCUACGCGGGUCAACAGAUUAUCGACACGAGCACACAGUUGUUCAUGAAAACAUAUUCCGGUAAGUGGCACAAUAUGUCUCUGUGGAAGCAAAAGAUGAUGUUGUUCGUUAUGAUGAGAUGCAUGCAAACGAUCUCCAUUAGGCCGUACAAUCACUACGUUGUGAGUCUAGAAAGUUUUUCGACGAUAUUACAAUCAGCUAUAUCGGUCUGUAUGUUGCUGAGACGUUUGUGA